CUAUUGUUAUUUUGAUUACAAAUAAUGGGGAGGAUGGAGCGGGCUAUGCCAAGGAGCAAACAAGCGAGUUGUGGUAAAUGUCCUGUAACCGGUAGCGAAGAUAUCCUCAACCAGGAGGGAAGGGGUCCUGGCAACCUUCCACAGGACAUGAAUCGCCGAGGCGCAUCCAGCCUUUAUGGCAUCAUCUCUCAUCCCCGCUAUAAUCCCAUCCUCUCAUCUACAAUCUAAUUGGCAUCCAUCUUGUUUCCACCCCUAGCUCUAUCUAUUUAUAACUGUUUUAAAUUGCAUUGUUG